AUGCCGGCCAUGGCGCUGAAGCUGUUCAAGCGCGGGCAGACCGUGCUGCUCAUGCUGCCCGACGGCGGCAUGCGCAUAUACGCGGACGCGGUGCGCGUGGCGCGCGUGAUGAAGGACUAUCCGGGCUUCAUGGUCGGAUCGCACAACUCCGCGCGCCUGCAUCUCCCGCCCGAGAAGCUCCUGCGGCCCGGCAACUCUUACUUCCUCCACGCGCCCUCGGAGACCGAUCCAGGCACCGCCGUGCCCCCGCCGCGGCUCGAUACGACCGGCGGAUUGGCCGAGUAUACCCGCGAUUAUGGUGACUAUGACAAGAGCUCGCCGGAUCAACGGUCGCCCGCGAGCGACGCAUCGUGGACGGCGAAAGAGUUGCGCCGCGCCAGCAUCUCUCUCCAUUCAUCAACAGCCGCCCGCCCAUCUUUGCCGUCUCGCGCCAACUCCGCGCCGCGCUACAGCCUCGACGUGCGCAACGACGGCCGCGGCGGGAUCCGUCGCAGCUUCUCAGCCAAAGAUCUGGAGAACGUGCCCCCCGCCAGCCCAUCCGGACCUCCCCGGCUGACUCGGCGCGCUUCGCUCGCAAUUGACAUGUCUUCCCUCGCCCUCUCCCCCUCCUCCAUCGCUCCCCCGCAAACGUUUCGCCGCCUUCCCCCUAACUUCCAAGCGCAAGACGUCGCCCCCACGCCUGCGGUUCCCCCGCGCUUGCUGUGCGCGGGGGACGUGCGGGUCGCGCUGGGCGCCAGCAUGGGCAAGUCGAUGAGCUUCCCGGAUUUCGCGGGUCUAGAGAGCGGUGACGUGGCGCUACGUGCGCAGCCGGGCUCGCGGGUGGCCCGGGGGAACAGCGGAGGCGGAAGCGGAGACUGGGGAAGCGGGGAAAACAGUCCGGGGGCAAUCUGGGAGUGCGAGGAGGAGGAGGGGAGAAUGGAAAGGAGCAGCAGCGGCGGCGGCGGCGGCGGCGGAUUAACCCGCAGGCGCUCGGGUAUUCCCAGUAGUAGAUACGCCGCCCCUGAGCCACAGUUGCCGCCGCUGCAGCCGCAGCAGCAGCAGCAGCAGCAGAGGGCGUGGAAGGCAGGACAGUACGGGCAGCUCACUCCGCCCACUGGGUCUGGUCCGCUCCCCCCCAUCUCCACGCACGCGCUCAACAUGUCCCCCGCGUCCCCCUGCCAGCACUCGCCCAGUGUGUUCUCGCCUCUCGCCCGCUCUGCAUACCACCACUCUCACUUUCAACACGUGCAGUUGCAGCAGGGGCUGUAG